CAUACAAUAUGUCCAGAUUAAAAUUGUCUUUCGUAUAGCAUACAAGUGACUUAAAUUUUGUAAUAACAAUAAUAUAUAAAUACAUAAAUUUUUUUCAACUACCAAUAUGGCAUUGGAGAUAUUUUUGGGCCAUGUAGAAAAUUAUUUUGAACAAUUUGAUGAUUAUAACAAUGUCUCGCCUUAUUUACAAGAUAUUAAAAAUCAGUGGGAUGAAGUAAUGAAUCUAGUAUUUGCUAAUAACACUGAUCUCGAUGUAUUACGUAAUUAUAUAGAACCUUGGAGUCAUCAAAUUCUUGUGAAAAUCUACCCGCUUACAAAAAGAAAUCACAAUAUUUCUUCAUACAGUGUAGAAACUAUUAAAAAAAUUUUUUUUUCGUUCCUGAAUUGGCAAUUGCUAACAAAACCUUUAGAUCUAUAUUCAAUAAAAAUGGAAAUUCAACAAAAAUAUGUUGAUCAAGGACUAAUUCCUGUCGAAGUUGUUUGUACUGCUGCAAUGGAUGAUUAUUUUGCCAUUUGCACAAAAAGAAUAAUGUAUUUUUAUCGUAAUGAAAACAUUAAAAGGGCAAUUUACAAAGUAAAAUUGGAUUAUGAAAUAUCCGAUAUUUUAACGAUUCAUUUCUAUCAAACUGAAAUAUCUGAUUUGAUUGCCAUUGUACGUUUGAAUAAUUAUGAUUUAAAAUUUUAUGACGUCAAGUAUAGAAAAGAAAUUUUAAAGGAUAAUAGGCUCAUAGCCCAUAAUUUAUGUGUCGGUACUCAUCACCAUUUUUUUUUGGAAUAUGAUUCUACUAUUACUGACUGUCGAGUUUUGUUAAUAAACAAUCAAUUUGAUAUCUGUGAAGGUGCGAAAAUUACAUUAUUUAGAAAAAAAAGGGACAAUGAAGUUCUUCACAUGUUUUCAGAAUCUAAUAAGUUGCUGGUAGUUUGUCAAGAAAACGUGGCCAAUUUUAUAGUAAGAGAAUUAGAAAUUCCUACUUUUCAAAACGAUGAUUUUCAGUUAACGAGUACAGAAAUAGAUAUCAGUGAUUUACAAGGAACACGGAAUUCAGUCUCCCAAAUUUUAAUACCAGUUAAUCAAAUUAUAAUGAGUGCAGUUGAGAGAAGAAAGUCGUUCUCUUCUUAUAUGCAAAAACAAAUGAUAAGGAUUAGCGCAUGCGUCAUUCUUCCUACAGAUGCAAAACUUUAAAUUUUUGGGUGCAGAUUUGGUAAAAACUCGUAUGCACAUCUCAGAGGAAGGUAGGACGUCUCAAUCUCGCCUCGGCUAGAGUAGACAAUUAUACACGGGAUUUUGAAUCUUCAACUUUACAUCCCUUGAUGUGUAAUGUACUAUUUUAACGUAUCUGCACCGAAAGUUUGAAUUCUCGCCUCGUUUAGAAGGAUGCAAUUCAUACUUUUCUGUUAUGAGAAGACAAAUGAUUAAUAUUAGCAUGCGUCAUUUUUUCAAUGAACAGAGGUGAGAAUUCAAAUUUUCAGGUGCAGAUCUGGUGAAAAAUAGUAUACAUAUUACGGAGGAAAAUAGAACGCCCCAAUUCGCUUGCUUGCCACCUUCGCCUUUAGCUCGGGUAGGUAAUUGCGUAUGCGGAUUGGAAUGUCUUACUCUCUUAGUGUGUAACAUACUAUUAAAACUUAAUUUUUAAGGUUAUACAACUAAAUAUUCACAAUGAAAUAUUCGCGAUCGAACAAUAAAUUAUGAAUCAAUUAUCAUUAUUCAUUUUUUAUAAUAUAUCAUAUAGAUAUUUUUAGCGAUAAUAUUUAAUCUGGUCCAUAAUGU